GCCUAUGAAUUAUGAAAGGUAGGUCUGUCUUUCUUGAUCAAUGGCGAUAAAGGUAACCAAAACCUCCCGAGUCAAACCAGCAACAAACUCGUCUCACAACACAACCAACUCGCUCCUCCUCCCACUCGCCUUCUUCGACUUACGGUGGAUAACGUUCCACCCCACCGAGAGAGUCAUCUUCUACAAACUCGACGAACACACCUCCUUCCACUCCCUAAUCCUCCCAAAGCUCGAGCGCUCUCUCUCCACCGUCCUCCGCCACUACCUCCCUCUCGCGGGUCGCCUCAGAUGGAGCCCACAAGACCCAAAACCACACAUCCUCGUCCUCCCUGACGACGACCACGUCACGCUGACAGUCGCCGAGAGCGACGCUGACUUCUCCUUUCUCUCCGGGAAAGGGAUACGUCCCGAGACGGAGAUACGUUCUCUAAUUCCAGAGCUUCACGCUUCUUCUUGCGACGAGCUCUCUCUUCUUUCUCUGCAAGUAACACUGUUCCCGAACCAAGGCUUCUCCAUCGGGAUAACAGCUCAUCACUCCGCUAUGGACGGUAAAUCAAUGUCUAUGCUUCUAAAAUCAUGGGCUCACUUAUGUAAACACGGAACCAAUAUAGGGGACAUUACUCCGUUUCUAGAUCGUACCGUCAUCGACGUUCCCGCUAGUCUUGACGCAAGAAUCUUGGGGGUAGUUUCGUAUUUUUCACAAGACAAGAGAUCAUCACUUAAGCUGCCUCCUAGUGGGGAGAUUAGUCCAGACAUGGUACGGAUCACGCUCGAGUUGACUCGGGAGAACGUCGACAAACUCAAGUCAACUCGGUCUCACCUUCUUCGCUUGUCGACGUUUGUUGUCGCCAACGCUUGUCUUUGGUCGUGUUUGGUGAAAACGCGUGGAGGCGACGCGGAUAGACCGGUUCGGUUCAUGUACGCAGCUGAUUUCAGGAACCGGUUAGGUAAACCGGUUCCGGAGGGUUACUUCGGGAGCUGCGUGUUGUCGGUCGGUUGUUUCGGACAUAAAGCGGGAGAUGUGUCGGGAGGAGAUGGAUUCGUCAACGCGGUCGAGAUUAUAAGCGACUCGGUUAGAGGUGUUGGUUCACUUGACGUUGGAGCGCUUUGCGAGUUGUAUAUUGAUGGGACGAUGGGGGUUGAACCGGGUACGCAGACCGUGUCGAUUGUUGGGUCGAACCAGUUUGGGUUAUACGAGUCGGAUUUUGGGUGGGGAAAACCGGUUAGAUGUGAGACUGUGUCUAUUGACCGGAACGAGGCGUUUUCUAUGUCUGAGAGGAGGGAUGAGGCUGGUGGUGUGGAGAUUGGUCUGUGUUUGAAGAAGUGUGAGAUGGAUUUAUUUGUUUCUCUAUUUCAAAAUGGUUUGUAAAACUAAAAGUCUAAAACACUUUAUUUUGGGGUUUUGGUUAUCGGUUUUAAGAACUUUGUCUUUGGGAAGCUGAAUUGGACUCUUCCUCACUGUUAUCCUUUAAAGUGGACUUCCUACACAAUACCGAAAGCAAUAAGUUUUUGUGGUGGUUAGAAAAAUUACUAAAUAAUAAUGUAUAUUUUAAGAAAAAAUCCCAUUUUCUUCAUUGCCUGCAACUGCAACAUUU